CAGAAAUCAACUUCCCAAUUUAACGCCCCAAAUCCAAACCCUAUUGUUUUCAUCAAUCUCCGAACAAAAUUCCUCCAAUUCUCUACCGGAAAGCGAUAAGAAUCGGAAUUCUCUUAUCUCUUCCGUCAACGAUGGCUCGUAGAUCGCUCCGUUUCGCGGCCACGUUUCUGGUGAUUUCAGCUGUUCAAUCGUUGUCGACUGCUCUGAUGUCGUCUCCGAACCUCUCUCCCCAUCCAAAAGCUAUCUCCGAUUUGAAGGAGGCGGUCGUGAAGGGGUUAGGGCUUCAAGCGGAGGACAUCAAGAUUUCCGGGUUUGAUUUGAGGGACGCGUUGGUGGGGCAAUCGGUCUCGUACGAGUUUGAUGUUGAGAUUGAUAACAAGAUCCUUCCGUUCAAGCUCCUGGAGGACGUGAACAGAUGGGAGUACGUGGAUUUACCGAUUUUUCGAGAGGAGGAUCCGGGGAGUGCGAACGGGAAUGGAUUGGUUGACAAGCGGAGAAUGGAGAGUGCGUUGCCGGUUCUGGCUCCGUUCCAGCUCGCUGGUCCGAUGGAACUGUGGAUUCAGGAUGCCAAGGAUAUGAGGCUUUCUUUGCCGCAUGAUGUGGAUGCUGGAGUGCUCAAAAAAGUGAUAUUAGCAGAUGGGGCAGUGGUUACAGUAACAGGUGCCCGAUCAGUUAGCCUGCGCCACCCUGUUGAGCUUCCACUUCCCUUGAACCGAACGCACAGUGGUUUUGCAUCAGGUCUUCUCGCACUGGCUGAACGUCUCCGCCAUGCUUCCCGCACCCAAGGUGAUCCUCUCCUGUCCCUCCGCAUUGUUGGCCCUACCUCAAUCACCUCCCCCAAGUCGCCCUCAAUGUCUGCCGACAACAAACUCAAGCUCAAGCGUCUUGCCCCGGGCCUUGUGGAGCUGUCUUCUCCAUCAAAAACCAAAUCCGUUGAACCCAUGCCAACCAUUGAUCUCAAAGGUGAAGUCACUACCCUUUUGACUCCAGAUCAGUUCACCACUCUAUGGCCCCUUACUUCAAUCAACGGCUUUAACUCCAAUCUGCGUGGCUUUGAGGCACUGCUUUCAUCUAUUCUGGGCCCAAAAGCAAAUGAGGAAGGCAGUUUCAAGUUGCUCAAGGCAGAUGCAUCAGCUCAGACAUUUGUAAAGCUGGGUUUUGGAUUAGAGAGGAAGCUGAAAGAAGGGGAUAAAUAUUGGGAGGGUUUUCCUGCGUGGAGGACAAACCCCGAAACCGUGAAGAUGCACUUUGAAGUCCUGGCAAAGGUUGAGGGAGACAAGAUUGUUCCGGAGCGGGUGAUGCCGGUGGAUCCUGUAAUGGUAGUCGACAGUGUAGCACCAAAUUUGGUUAACGGAAACAUGACCCUGUCAAAAAUCCCAAUUUUCCGCCCUCCUUCCAGUCCUUUCACUUUGUAAGCAGUUGAUGUUUGGGGUAAUAAUUCUUAAGAGGUGAAGUGUAAAGACGCGAUAAUCUUUUCUUCCUUUUUCUAAUUUUCUAUUGAUAUAGCACUUAAGCUACAAAUCAUAUAUGUAUCGGUUUGUGGAAGUCUGGUAUGCUGUAAAAAUUAGUGGGUCGCUAGAGGCUUUUUUUUAUUUAGCCAAUAUGCUGUGACCCUUCUUUACCUGUUGAGAUAAAUAUGUUAUUGAUUCUAAAUAUGAAGAGAUCUGUGUAUUAUUGUUU